AUGGCCUCCCACCGCAUCGGCGCCCGCCUGUCUGGCCUCUCGCCAGAGCAGCUCGUCGCCUUCAUCGACGAGCAGGCGCCUCUCUGGAGCGCCGCCGCAAUGCGCGUGGCGGAGGAGCACGCCGAGCUCGGCUCGUGGAGCAGCCCGACCCUGCAGAUGCGUCGCUGGUUCGCCUCGCUUGCCAUUCUCGGGCUGUCGCCUCCAGCGUCUGCGGGAAACGGCUACUCGCUGAGCUUUAGCCAGCCCGGCUCGGUGGUCGCGACUCGACGGCUCUACCUCGAUCCUGAUGACUUAGAGCUGCGGCGGAUGGCCAGCGGCUUUACCUUCAUGAUGUGGCUUCGCUUCAACGACCUCACUGCGUCGCGGCCGGCCAUCCACUGGGGCCUGGGCUGCACCUCUGACGGCAACUUCAUGCAGCCGUUCGCCGGCAUUCACGGAGGGUUCCAGCUCGGCGGCAGCGCGCCCGAGCCGUCGGCCGUCGGCAGCGUAGAGGACGCCACGCAGUGGCAUCACUAUGCGCAGAGCUGGAACGCCACGGAUGGCAGGCGCGUUGUCUACGUCGACGGCGUCGAGGUGAGUAGCGACGCGGCCGGUGACGGCGCCGCGUACAUUGGCGGUGCCUUCCUAGACGACGACGCCUUCAUGUACAUCGGGAUGAACGUGUACCCUCAAAAGUGGGGCCUGGACGAAAUCACGCACGGCAACCCGCAGAUGAGCUUUGACGGCGAGAUAGACGACCUCGCCAUCUACGCUGGCCCUCUCUCCAACGAGUCGAUCGCCGCGCGGGCGCGCCUCGCCGGCGAGGACCUGCUAGGCGACGACUGCCUGUUCCUCUACACCUUUGAUAACGCCAGCCUGGACGUUGUCGCCAACCUUGGCCGGGCUGGGGGGAACGAGUCUGCCAACCCGUACGAUUUGCGUUUCGCCCAGUUCCCCAAGCCGCCUGGCGCGGAGGACUUGGGCCGCAAAUUCUCGCGCGGUAGCGGCACGUCGGCCGCGUUGUUGGUGGCACCGUCCCGCAUCCCCAGCUCUCGCACGCACGUCAGCUCCGUCUCCGCGCCGAGUGUCGUCUCGGCGCUGCCCGGCGCAAACGUCACCGUCGAGACUGCCAACGGCCCGCGCCAGCUCACGGCUCCGACCGACGGCAGCACGCUCUUCGAAGGACGUGUGCACGUCGUGCCUCGGCUGCCGCCCACCACUGAGCGUCGGGACGUUUUUGCGAGCGAGCGCACCUUCGAGGACCGCGAGGUGAGCCUGCAGCUCGUGGGCAGCUCCAACUUCGCGCCCGGCAUCGAGCUCAAGCCAGUAAUCACUAGCCUGCCUUCGAAUGGCGCCCUCUUCGCCACCAACGACUCGCUCGCCGGCUCCGAACAGGGCAUCGCGAUCAGCGAGUCGCAGCAGACAGUCGACACGGUGGGGCGCUACGUCCGCUACAAGCCAGCAGACCAUUUCGUCGGCGUCGAUACCUUCACGUAUUCGCUCCUCGCGCCCGGGGGCGUCCUCUCCGAGGAGAGCACGACCGUCCGCGUGGAGGUCGAAUCGGACAACGACAUGCCGACCAUCGCCCCGAUUGCGAAGCGCAUCUCAGAAGACUCUGGCGACCUGGUCAUUCGGCUGACGCCCAACGACGUCGAGGACGGCCAGCCACUCGAGCUCGCGAUCACGCAGCUCCCUAGGUUAGGCGACCUGUACCCCUACAACGAGACUAGCGGCGCGGCGCAGGACGGCCCUCCGAUCACGCAGGUCUACUCGACCUUCAACGUCGGUGCCGUGUUUGGGCAGUACAUCUCCGCGGUCAUCAGCUCGAGCUCCUUCUGGGGCAACCCUCCGAGCAUCGACUACCACCCGCUCGCAGUCAUUGGCAAGCCCGACUGCGGGACGUACGGCGAGUGCUCCACGAGCGGCGAGUGGGUAUCGGACGCGUCACGCCCGAUCCCGCCCGGCGUGCUUGCCUACCACGAAGUGGACGGCAUCAAGGCGGCGGCGUACGUGAGGAGCUCGAACGAGGCGAAGGGGACGGUCGAGAUCGACUACGUGCCCAUGUACAAGCGCGACGCGGGCGUACUGCGCCGGUGCCUCAUUGACCCUAGCGUCAAGGUUGACGAGGGCGUCUCCGCCUACCCCGGCGGGUGCGUUUUGGAUUCUGACGAGCCGGUCCCUAAGAGCGUGCCCCGGGCACAGAUUGUCCCUCUAGCCGCUGGCGUGUGGAGCCCGCUCAAGCAGGGGCUGGUCGACGAGAAUUUGAGCGACCCCGACAAGUCGGUCGCCUUCGGCGCGCAGUUCCUCGUCGACCAUCGGCAGCGAGACUUUUACCCGCCGUUCACCGAGUACAUUGACGUGGCGAUCGCACGGCCCGUCUACGUCGUCCGGCUCGAGAUUGGCUCCCCGCGAGGGAUGGGACAGGUCGUAAAGAUCCUGGCCCAGAGUCCGGACGGCUCGUGGGUGGAGGUAUACUCGGGCAAGCCGCAGCGCGAGGUUGCGACGAAGUACACUAGCAUGCGCACCUACCACCUCUGGGCGCCCUCAAUUUGUCGAACCCAUUUCCCCGUCUCGGUCCUGCGGAUCGCGGUCGACACCAGCGCAGAGACCGGCAUUGACGACUGGCGCGAGAUCGCCCGCCCAUUCCCCGCCCCUCUGAUAGCCACUAUCCUCAUCCCCCCUCCCAAUCCUAGGAACUACAUCGAUUAUGUCGAAGUGUUCGGCUCGGAGGCGCUGCAGCCCGCCGCAAUCCGCACGACGGCUCGUGCGGUCGUGUACCGUCCGCACGACAAUGCCGUCGGCGAGGACAGCUUCCGCUACGUUGCGACGGACUGUCCCGGCGACCCUUUCCGCACGACGGAGUCGGAGCUCGUCUCCAUCUCGAUCGUCGCCGUCAAUGACGCGCCCAAGGCGGUCGGAGUGCCCGUUGACGACGCGGUCGCUUUCCCGCUGAAAGGUCUAGUGGGCGCGAGCUUCUUCUCGAUGAAGGCGCGAGACGUUGACAGGUCGGACACGCUCACGUUCAAGAUCCACAGGCUGCCGACUCACGCGACGCUGUCUGACGCGGCGGGAGAAAUUGGGAUUGGGCGAGUGAUCCCGAUGGCCGCGGCGCCCGUCGCGGGCGGAGAGAUCCCCUGCUCUGAGGCUCAACCGUGCCCGUCCAGCCCGAUGACUGGCUCUCUUCUCUUUUGCAGCGUCGCGUCCCCGCCCAACGGGACGUGCGCUUGGUGCGACGACGUCGACGAUUGCGACACCAGCGCCAACCUGACGAUUUGGAGCAGGGGGACUUGCCGGACCGCAUGCCGCGCGCCGGUGUCUCCCCCGCUGGUGGAGUCGGCCCAGGUGAGCAUACAGACCGAGGUGUGCGGACCCGACUCGUUCUCCUUCUCGGUCUCUGACGGCGUGAGCACUUCGGCCGGCGCGACGGUCCACUUUGUCUUCCAGUGCUCCCGGCGGUGCGACCGAGCAGACAUGCUCUCCGAGACAAGCGACUGCGACUCGUCGGACCCUCCGGUGAGGAGGACCACGUGGCGAUGGGAUGACGCCAGCGACUGCGACCUGCCGCGCGCGGGCCUGCAAAGGCCGGCUCCGGGCGGGCCCGCUGGGGUGAAUGUGCCAGCCACUGGCCGCUGGGCGCUGCCCGCCUCGACCACGGAGGAGUGCUCGUCGAACGACGACUCGACGACCCUAAUUGUCGUCGUGUGCAGCGUCGUGGGGGCCGUCCUCCUCCUGGGUUGCUGCUGCGCCGCCUAUGUCGUGCGGCGGCUGCAGCGGCAGCGGCACAGGCCAAAUCAGCAGUUCCUGUGCCGCCGGACGCACUUGCCUCCCGACAUCGCCCCAGUGGGCGCGGACGAGUUCCACCUCUUCCUGAGCCACACGUGGCUGUCUGGGCAGGACCAGAUUGCGAUGAUCAAGCAGCAACUCUUGGGCUUUCUGCCCGCCCAUGUGCGUGUCUUUCGCGACGUCGAUGACCUUGAAAACAUCGACCGCUUAGAGGAGUACGUCGCCAAAUCACAGGUCGUGCUGCUCUUCCUUAGCAAGGGCUACUUCCUAUCGCGCAAUUGCCUGCGCGAGGUCCGAGCGGCAGUGACAAGCAGCAAGCCCGUCAUCCUUGUCCACGAGCACGCCGAGGCCAAGGGCGGCGACCGGCUCGAGGUGCUGCGGCAGGAGUGCCCAGAGGAGCUGCGCGAGCUCGUCUUUGACUCCAAACGGCCGCUCGUGCGCUGGCAUCGCCUCAGCGACCUGAACCGAGUCUCGUUGCUGCAGAUCGCGUCACUGCUACACACGUUUGGGCGGAGUCUCAACGCGCUCUACCUGCCAAACUCGCUCACCGAGGAGACAAUCUCAGUCUCUCACCCGGUGCGCAUCUUUGCCAGCCGCGACAACAACCAGGGCGCCAACCGCAUUCUAGAUGGGAUCGUUGCCGCCGCCGUCCCCGCGGCCGGUCCGACCUCGUUCGGCGAGCGACGUGGCCGCCGCGCGAUCCUCGGCGGUGGCUGGCGAGGCGGGAACCGCACCACCUCCACCGACGUCCCUCACGUCGAACGGCAGUUGUCCGACGUGAAGCUGGCGCGUCACUCUGGAGCUGUCGGGGCGAGCGUCAGGAUCCAGCGCGCUUGGCGUGGAUUCGCCGCGAGGACCGAGCUAAAGCCUUCGGACCUGCGCAUCCACUGCUCGAUCGAGCGCGCGGACAGCCUGAGCGAUGCGACGCACAUGCUGCUCUACCUCACAUUGACAACCUUCGACGCCAACCGCGCGGGCGCCGACGCUCUCGCCAACGAGAUCCGCGAGGCCCGGCAGCGCGGGAUCUCCCUGGCGCGCUCUGCACUAGCUGCACCGCACUGA